ACAGCUUACCUUAGCUGAUGUAGCCAGUUAGUGUUAGGAGUCGAUGGUACGAGUCACUGAUGUCAAGAGCACGGUCCAGCCGGCAGAUGAUAGUGCUGCUAUUUUCUGCUACUAAUAUAUCGGUGGACUCCGGCCUAGAUUCUAUCAGAGAAAAGGAAGUCUUUGUCGACCGGUCAGCUCGCUCGACUUCAGGCCGCGUAGGCAGUGAGACCUUCCGGGAUCAGAAGGAGUCUAGUUCUCCGGGGCCGGCACAGUCCCAAGAAUUGGUCCGGGAAGCGAAAAAAGAAAAGGGGAGUGGAUUUGGCUGAAUAACAUCGGGAUGUUGAGCAACAACAACAACAAAAACAACAACAGCACCGUUGGUCGAGUGGGAGAAUUUUUCGGCAAAGGUUCGGCAUGAACACGAUCCUCAGCAAGGGUCUCUCCGGAUGGCCC